CCCUCAAAUUCAGCCACACUGCGUCGGACUAUAACCACGGGACUUCAUCUCGCCAUUUUAAUCUGCCAAUUGAGGAAUUAACUCUCACACACUAUAGGCUAUAUUUAUAUAGGCCUACAUAAGGCGUUUCUUUACAGCAAGGCAGAUCUCCAUGAUGAUGGAAAUGGAGGUGAUGCAUUCCGGUCAACAGGACAUGGAACUGAUUGACAUCCUGUGGAAGCAGGACAUUGAUCUUGGUGCCAGGCGUGAGGUGUUCGACUACAAUCACCGUCAGAAAGAACAUGAGCUGCAGAGGCAGCGGGAGCUGGAGGAGGAGAAACGGCUGCACCUGGUCAGGGAGCAAGAGAAGGCCUUGCUGGCACAGCUACAGCUAGAUGAGGAGACGGGAGAGUACAUACCCCGCCCGCCACCCAGCGCCCCACUGCAAUCGGCAGUCACACCUCUAGAGGUUACACAGAAUGUCAACUUCACAGAAGACAAUGCUGAUACCAUGUCAUUUGACGAAUGUUUGCAGCUGCUGGCAGAAACCUUUCCUGUAGAGGAAACUGAGAACACCCCAGUUUGCCUGAACACAACUGCUGUUUCACCACCCAGCAGCAGCAGCAUGAUCAUGUCCCCUGAGCAGCCAGCUCUGCCGCCAGUCACUCUUUCCCCAGGUCCACUACUACCACCACCAACACCACAGACGAUGUCCCCAGAGUUGGAGCAGGCUUGGAUGGAGCUUUUGUCCCUUCCAGAGCUACAGCAAUGCCUGAACAUGCAAAUGGAGGACACACUGGAAACUACAACAUAUCCUCUUCCAAACAGCCCUGAAGUACAGAAUCCAAACUUUACGUUUUACCCCUUGCCCAGUGUCACAGAGGGGGAGACAAACAAUCUAAAUGUUUGUCCUGCAGAAUUUAUUAAUACAUUUGAUGGCUCUGUUACCAGCAUGGUGUCACCGGACAAUCUCAGCCAGAUUGACAAAAAAGAUCCUCAGAUAAAUACUAACUUCAAUGCAAAAGGUUUCUGUGACAUAUUUUACCCUGACCCUCUACUGGAAGAGAACAGUGGUCAGCAUGGCAUUGAGGGCAAUGAAAGAAGCAUCAUGUCCGAUAUCCCAAACAAACCACUCUUCACACCAGUGGACCUGUACAGCCUCUCACCUGGUGACACAUUUGAUAGAGAAAAAACAAAUCUGACAGCAGAAUUACCAGACUCAGAUUCAGGAAUUUCUUCAAACACAAGUCCAAAUUCUAGCUCACCUGGGAAAUCUGUAUAUGGAGAUGGGUCCUUUGGUUACAGUGAUUCAGACAUGGAGGAGAUGGAUCAAAACCCUGGGAGUGCAGAAUCUGACUACUCCGAGAUGUUCUCAUUAAAUUUCCAACCAGAUGACCUUCAGUCAGGAAUUCCUGUAACUGCACUAAUGUGUCAGACACAGCAGCAGGACAAGAAACCCAAACAACAAAAGACGGAGCCAGCAGAAGAGAAUGGCCACAACAACGCCCCCUUCACCAAAGACAAGCAAAAGAAACGCUCUGACAUGCGUCUCUCCAGAGACGAGCAGAGGGCUAAAACCCUCAAAAUCCCAUUCACUGUUGACAUGAUUAUCAAUCUGCCUGUUGAUGACUUCAAUGAGAUGAUGUCAAAGCACCAACUGAACGAGGCCCAGCUGGCCCUGGUCCGAGACAUACGGCGCCGUGGCAAGAACAAGGUAGCUGCCCAGAACUGCCGCAAACGCAAGAUGGAGAACAUAGUGGGGCUUGAGGGCGACCUGGACUCACUGAAAGAUGAAAAGGAGCGUCUUCAGAGCGAGAAGAGCCAGAACAUCAAAAACCUGAAGGAAAUGAAGCAGCAGCUCAACAGCCUGUACCUGGAGGUCUUUAGUUUGUUGAGAGAUGAGAAGGGGAAUUCCUACUCCCCAUCUGACUACUCCCUCCAGCAGUCAAGUGACGGCAGCGUCUUCCUUGUUCCUCGCAUUAAAAAGACUUUCAUCAAGAGCGAAGACAACCACAUUUCUCCUUUGUAAUAAUAAGGUACUGCAUUAUUAUAGUAAUACUAUGCAAUAACUUUGUAGUCGCUCGCUUUAAGCGUUAGUAGCUCAGCAGAACUAUUGUAUAGUUUUGGCUUAUUCCUCUGAAUGUUGUAAUAUUUUUGAUAUUUUACUUCUUUUGUACUCUGAAACCUUCACAGAUUCUAUAACCAAUUGUAAAUAAACAUGACUUGCUUUUCAGAUUGAUAAAAAUGUUAAUGUAUAUAUAAAUAUAUAUAUUGUAUAUAUCAUGUUUCUGUACGCUAAUGAUUGUUUCAAUCAUUGUUACUCAUGUUUUAUAACUUUCCCUUAUGAUUUGCUGCCCAGGUUCCUUUUUUAAAUCUUGACUUCUGUGGUUUUCAAUAAACUAUUCCUAUAGCUA